AUGUCAAAGAGUCAAGUGGGGUGUCUCUUGUUGAUAUUGCUGAGUGUUUCAGCAUUUCACGAUGUAGUUCUAGGAGCAAGAAAUCUGAGAGAGAAAGUGGAAGAUAAGGAGAAAACCCAAGAUGGGAAAGAAAGUUCUAAGAUUGAAGAUAGGCGCCCUAAUUGUGGAUAUAUGGAUAGAUGUGUACCCUCAUGUCCUGACCCCAUACACAACAGGAAAAAGGUUAAAAGAUCGAUGAUAUUGGCCAAAAUCCAUAAGGUUUCUUAUGGAACUCAAUCAAGAGUUGGAACUUUGUGGUUUUGA